AUGCUAUUCAUCAUGGGUGACCUCAACAUCAAGCUCAAGACCCCUCAGACGGGCGAGUACGACCAGCCCACUGGCCUCUUAUAUUCACAUCACAGCUUCAUCAACAACGAAUUCGUCAAGGGUGUAGACGGAAAGACGUUCGAGGUCAUCAAUCCCACAACCGAGGACGUCAUCUGCUCUGUCCACGAAGCCUCCGAGAAGGAUGUCGACAUUGCCGUGUCCGCCGCACGGAAAGCAUUCGAGGGAUCCUGGAAAACUACCACUCCCAACGAACGAGGCAGGCUUCUCGUCAAGCUAGCCGACUUGUGGGAGAAGAACAUGGAUCUCCUGGCUUCUGUCGAGGCAUUGGACAACGGCAAGGCCUUCACCAUGGCCAAGGGCGACAUCUCUGCUGGCGCCAACUGCUUGCGCUAUUACGGAGGCUGGGCCGACAAGAUCCAGGGCAAAGUUGUCGACACAAAUGCUGAAACCUUCAACUACAUUAAGAAGGAACCUAUUGGUGUGUGCGGUCAAAUCAUUCCCUGGAACUUCCCCCUUCUUAUGUGGUCAUGGAAAAUCGGCCCUGCCAUUGCUGCCGGUAACACGGUUGUGUUGAAGACGGCCGAACAGACCCCUCUUGGAGGUCUUGUUGCCGCCGCUCUUGUCAAGGAGGCUGGAUUCCCCCCUGGCGUCAUCAACAUCAUCUCUGGUUUCGGAAAGGUCGCCGGUGCUGCCAUCUCCUCGCACAUGGACAUCGACAAAGUCGCCUUCACUGGCUCAACUCUUGUUGGCCGAACCAUCAUGAAGGCCGCCGCUGGCUCCAACCUCAAGAAGGUCACCCUCGAGCUCGGUGGCAAGAGCCCCAACAUCGUCUUCGAGGACGCCGACAUCGACAACGCCAUCUCCUGGGUCAACUUUGGCAUCUACUUCAACCACGGACAGUGCUGCUGUGCAGGCUCCCGCAUCAUCGUGCAAGAUACCAUCUACGACAAGUUCAUCCAACGGUUCAAGGAACGCGCUGCCCAGAACAACGUCGGUGACCCAUUCGCCAAAGAGACGUUCCAGGGUCCUCAAGUGUCCCAGCUCCAAUUCGACCGCAUCAUGGGCUACAUCGAGGAGGGUAAAAAAGCCGGUGCCACGGUCGAGACUGGUGGCAAGCGCAAGGGCGACAAGGGCUACUUCAUCGAGCCCACCAUCUUCUCCAACGUCACCGAGGACAUGAGGAUUGUGCAGGAAGAAAUCUUCGGCCCCGUCUGCACCGUGUCCAAGUUCUCCACCCAGGAGGAGGCCAUCAAGAUUGGCAACAACACCAAUUACGGCCUUGCUGCUGCUGUCCACACCAAGAACCUCAACACGGCGAUCCAGGUGUCCAACGCGCUCAAGGCCGGAACUGUCUGGGUCAACCAGUACAACAUGCUCAGCCACCAACUCCCCUUCGGAGGUUUCAAAGAGUCUGGAGUCGGCCGCGAGUUGGGAGACGCUGCGUUGGACAAUUAUAUCCAGGUCAAGACUGUGUCGAUCCGUUUGGGCGACGCUCUUUUCGGUUAA